AUGGAAAGUGAUGAUUUAUUAACGCGCGUAGAAGAGGUCGAGGAUAUAAUUAACAGAUUCUAUGCCGGAGGCGUACCUCAUCUUCACAAUGUCCUUCUGCAUUUUCAAGCAUCUCCACAGGCUUGGAACCUCGUCUGGGCUUUGUUGGAUCCUUCGAGGUCAUGGAACGUUCAAUUUUUUGCGGCUACCACUUUGCAAACCAAGAUAUUGAAGCAAUGGGAUGAAAUACCGGCUACAGAUUAUCCGUUUUUAAAAAAUGAACUCCUUAGAAGAAUAGUAUCUCCAACAACACCAAAGGUUGAAAAAAGAAAAGGAGCCAAACGUACAAAACUCCGUCAACAACUGGGCCUAAACGAGAACGCUAGCGUGAACUGGAGUAAAUCAACCUGGCUACUGAAGCAAGUAUUCACCACCUACGCAGAGGCAAUUUCCGCCGAGAAAAAUUUUUUCUUCAUGGCCCUGGAGUGCGCGUUGUCCUGGAUAAGAAUGUACCCUCCACUCGAUCUAAUAAACCAAUUAUUUGAGCACUUUUUAAUAGCAGCAGCGCACUACGUCCCCAAAAACGACGAGAUGGACGACGAGAGCCGAGGCUGGGAAGUGUCCCAAGAAAUCCUGUCUACCGCAAUGAGCCAAGAAGGUCUCCUAAAAAGGCCCUCUUUAUUCUGGGAGUGGACCCGAGCCCUAGUGACUCUAGCCCAGCAAAACGGGAACGUCAGCUUCGCUUCAAUCCUCACAGGCCUCGGCGAGACAAACACUCGCACACUUCUCCUAGCAUUAGUCCAGGAGACAGAUGAAUCCAAACGCUGGACAGUGGAGACACUCAUAAACCUGCUGCUCAGGUGCUCGGAGUAUCCCGGGCGUUACGCUACUCAAGAGCGUUACAGCAGCAUUCCCUUGGGCUUCUGGUUCGCGCUUCAAGAUCACAUAUCUAUGUUAGACACUCCUCUGGACGUUCAAGUGCACCAUGCAUUAAAGCCCAUUUAUGUAAGGCUAGUUCACGUUCAGCUUCAAAAAAUGACCUUGCCAUUGACUCCAGAAGAAGCUGGGACCGCCGAGGAGCGAGAAGUAUUCCGGUGUUACCGUCAAGACAUCGCCGAUAAUAUGACUUAUUGUUUCAAUAUAAUUGGCCAAGAAUUGCUGGUGAUUUUAGGCCAGCGGCUGAGUCCACCGUUGAUUGACACCUUGAAAUGGGUCGACGUUGAAGCAACACUCUAUUCUUUUCAAGCUUUGUCAGACUGCGUGGAGACAAACGACCUAGAAUGUGUCCCAGCUUUAAUGAAUUUAAUCAUCACCGGAAUUUCUUACGACAAAUAUCCCGAUGAAGUUUUAGCUUGUGCCUGUUCAACAAUAGCAGCCUACGCUGAGUGGUUGGGAGAGAAUCCAGACCCGUGGCUCGAGAGGUCGCUCCAAUUAAUAACUUACAGCUUAACUCAAAGCCCGAUGGUGCUAACUCGAGCGACGAUGGCCCUCAAGGACAUCACACGCGAGUGUCAGGAAAAUUUAGCUACUCUAGCGCCCUCCAUUCUUGAUACAAUCAGCAAGACUUUGAUGGUCCUGCCGAAUGGAAGCAACGAGGGGAUGAGACUAAUGUAUGCUGCCGGUAAAUUGAUCAACGCUUUGAGGACUACUGAGGAACAGCUGCAGUACCUAGAUGCGACUCUAGGGCAGUGUGUUUUAAAACUCCGCGAGCUUAUGCAGAAUCCUGUUCCUGAGUUACAAGAAAACGUCGCAACGCAGCUCAGAAUGGCGACUAUGUUCUUGUCCACGCUGGAAGGAGCCAUGGGAAAGUCGGUACUGGAUGGACUAAUGCCGACUUUUAAUCAGAUUGUCUCGCAUCCGGAGUUGAGUCAAAAUGAUACGAUUCUAGAUGCUAUGUACAAUUGCGCACAAAGGGCCUUGCAGUGUCUUCUACACCCGGAGAAAGAUUCCAAGUCUUUGUUGAAGUUGUUGGUUGAAGCUUAUAAAGUUAGACCUCAUCCGGCUGCGUUGCAGUUGCUCAGGCAAGUUGUUCUGCUGUUUGGGACGGAUUCGAACAAUGCCAUGGGACCGAUUUUUGCGGAAAUUGGAGGGCAUACUCUGGAUGGUUUGGAUUCUUGCAGCUCUUCUGGAGGGAAUUUGUCAGACUUUGGAGAUUUGCUGGAAGCUUACUUGGGUUUGUUAGGACAAAUUUGUAAAAAGACACCUAAAUUAAUGCUACAAGUUCCUGAACAUAUCAACAAUAUGUUGAGAUGUGUCCUGCAUGCAUUAAAUAAUUAUUUGAAAAACAAUUUCGGCGCUUGGAUACGUUCUGCAUUAGAGAAAGGAGUUUUAUCAUCCCUCACACCAAGCCAAAAAGAAACUCUAACUCGCAGUAUUUUAGCGGAACGCAAUAAAGGCCGGCUGAGUGAAAUGUUACAAAAAUUUAGUUUAGAAUAUUCAAAGCCUGUCGUCGGGCUUUAA